AUGCCACAUGCCCCACACGAGCAGACGCAUCAGCGCGUGCUGCAGGAGCCCAUUUGUCCGGGCGUUGUGGGUGGCAAACUGGACUUUCCACGCUAUGCAUCGUUUGCUUCCAUAAAACUAAUACGCUGGUGGGAGGAUGAGUACUUUGCUUCCUAUCGCAAGCAUUCGGGCUUACUGCACACCGAAAAGGAGCUGAACGAGGGCGAUUUCAGCAGCGUUACGGUUAAGACCUCCGAUCCAGAUAAGUUUGUCGGUUUGGUAACUAAAUCAGCGGAUCUUCUACUGGAGCACAUACAUCGCCUGUCGCAGGAGUCACUGGAUCAUGCGGAUCUCUCGGUGCUCACCGCCACCAUUGGCGCCGCCGCAUUGGUCAAGAACUCGUUAAGCGUCUAUAUGCAGGCAGCCACGACCACAAUAUGCCCACCCAAGGGCGAUGAGAAGGGUGGCGCCCUGAAGCUAAGUCUAAAGCAAUAUUCCCAGAUGUCCGAGGCAUUGGCUGAACGUCUUCUGGAUCUGCACUGCCGCCUGCUGCUGUUGUAUAUCAUUCAGGAUGCGGACUGCCUGCAUUGGGAGGACACUCAGCCGUUCUUUGAAUCGGAACGCGGCUCGUAUACGGUGCAAAUGUGGUGGCAUUAUAUGCGCGGUACCAAAACCGAUCUCUGGAACUCUGUGCCGCCAAAAAUGGCACAGAAAAUCUUUGCCGGAAUGCUUAAUGAGACGCUCAGUGUAUUGACGGUGCGCUACACGCAGAUUGUGACCAGCGUGGCCCGAGCCCAACUGCAUCUGGUGGACAUAUGCAACAUGCUGCUGUGCAUUGCCGAGUUGUUGCCCCAUGUCUGUGACAGUGGCGAGGCCUAUGUUGGCCUCCAGUUGAGCAAUCAGAGUGUCAUCGUGCGGGACAUUCAUGCCAAAUGCAGGGAGCUCUUCUACUGCCUGUUACUCCGUGGUGCGCCCUUGGGUGUCCUUUCUAAGGUCUUUCGCAAAGGCCUGGAUAACAUGGAAAUGUUUAGCUCGCGUCAUGGUCUGCCCAGCGCUUGGAUUAUUUUCGCGCUGCCGCGAUACUUUCCCAAGGAGCAAUCCUGCCAGUGGGUAGCCGAGUUUGCUGAUCUUACCACGAACACAGCCAUAUCAUUGGAUCUGCGCGUGCUGCUGGCCUUUCCGGAGGCACACUGGUCCUAUCUGCUGAAGAUUCUGUUAAUGAGGGAUGCCUAUCUAACGGGCAUUAUAAUGCGCCAUCUAAUGCAGCAUUUGCCGUCUUCGGAGAACUUUAAAAAUGUGGCCAAGCAUUCGUUUACCAGUGCGGAAGGUGCGCCAUUGAAAUGCGAGGCCUUCCUUUGCCGUGGCGAGUGCUUCAAUGUCACCGACUCCAUAGCGGCGGAUAUAGAUCCUGUGGGACAGUCGAAUUAUCAAAUUGUGCUGUCCCUCACAUACCUGGUUGUAGCCGUGGGCAAGGCUGUUGAUAUCAAGUCCUGUCUGAUCAAGACACUGGAGGAGCAUGCUGUGAGCGGCUGGAGCGAUUGCCUGGACAAGCGUCAGGUGUGGAACCAGAAGCGCACCCCUUGGCUGGAGGCCAUCAUGCACUUUGUUUACCCAGUGCUCGACUGCGUCGUCGAGAUGCUGAUCAAUGCCGUGGAGAACGGUGCCAGCAUGUAUCAGGCCAUGUCCCUUGCAUUGACGUGCGUCUCAGAGAUUUGGGAUUGCAUGCCCGAGGGCUUGUACAAGAUAACAGCCCUGCUGCAGGAUAUAAUACCAGUGUCCACGCGUCCACUGGGUGAUUCGGUGUUGCUGCAGGUGGUUUUCGCAGCUCUCUACACGGAGCUCAUCAAGACGGCAGAAUCACACGAACAGGCCAAAAAUGUCGACAAAGCUGCCAUUUGUUAUUCGCUAUCGGAAGCGAUUUGCUCCGUAGAUGAGGAUGACAAGCACACUGACCAGAUCGAGCUAUUUUUGAAGCAAGCCAAGGAGAGCAUUAAUUUAGACACGGAUUUCGGCGGCAGCAGCUGCGGCCGCGGAGCCGGCGGCAUGAGUGCCGUUAGCACCGUUAAAAUGGAUGACCUGGCCAUAACCAAUGCCGAAUCGGAGCGCUUGAGUCACAGUCCGCCGGCCAAUUAUGCCAUGGAACUGGAUGUGGGCAUUGCCGAUUAUAUAGCCGAAGUGCUAGCCAGCGAUGUGCUGACCACCAACAUAGGUAAACAGGCGCUGAAAGUGCUCUAUAAUUAUCUGAAGUUCAACAAGGAUUGGCUGCUCGAGCAACUGGGCACGGGCGACAAUGAGCCAAGCCCGUUUCAGGGCGUGCUGGGCCAGAACAUACAGGAAGCCAAGUUCUCGGUGCUGAGGUCCAUGUUCUUUAUAGGCAAUACACCCUUCGACCAGCUGCUAACGGGCUCAUUAAAGAUCGACUAUGUCAGCUGGCUCCAAAUGCCGCUCUCCCUGAACCCAGAGCGGACAUGGCUGCAUCUGACGCGUCGCUGCGACUUCCAGGAGGAUGCCAAGCUCGCACUGCCCGAGGUGGCCAUGGUGGCGGGCAUCAGCAAGAUAAUGAAACGGCGUAAGGACUUCGCUAAAUAAGAAGCAUCAUUAGCAUUGCGCAUACGCCACGUUGUACCAGCAAAGAUGACAUUAAUGGCGCAUAAGGCAAACAGCACGAUGGCUUCUUAGUUCCGAAAAUGCUCAUAGCUAACAGAUGAG